UAAAACUUGAAAAAAGGCAUUCAGUGAAUUUUGUUGUUUUAUUUUAUUCAGUUCUGUAGCUAUACAAAUAUGUAUUUUCCGAACUGUAUAGCCUUAAUGUUUGCUCAGAAACAGUUGGGCAUCUCUAAAUCAAUGGAUGUUUAAAAAGGGUUUUCAUGGCAUGACUAUAUUUUGGCAUUUUAAUUUUGCAUCUCCAGCUGAACGUUUAUAUUUUCCUCUACAAAACGGAAAAAACAAAAGAGGGUAUUUGCACCUGUAUGUAUUGUAAAAAAAAAAAUUGUUUAGAGAUGUGUUUAACAAAUAAGGGAUUUGAGAUCUGCAUGUGGCAAACCAGAGAGAGGCAGCGUAUAUUUCUUUCCUUUUUAUUUAGUGCAGGUUCACCAGAUUGGCUUAUUAUACACAUGGAAUCCUAUAUAUCAGUGGGAAAAGAUGGGGAAUGAUGCCUGGCUGUUUUCCUAAUACACAGGAAAUGAUUUAUCAGAAAAGGAGAGAUGAGUGAUUUCAGAAGAAAAAUAUGGCGGGCUAAUAAUUCAGACCAAUGCUGCCCUUUUAUUCUCUCAUUUCCUCUUCACUUUCAAUCACAAUUAAAGCCUCUUUAUGCCUAAUCAUUUUGACACAGAACAGAACAAAAAUUUUUUUCAACGUACACUUUUAGCUUAUUAUCCCCAAAAGCUGUCCUUGUCGUUAUGGGUAUAGUCUAAGAUCUAUGAAAGCAAUAAGCUAUGAAUCCCAGUGGGUACUUCUCUAUGUGCAAUGAGACCGUCACACUUCUCUAAACAACAGGAAAAUAAAAAGUUAUAUUUUGAUUUCAAGUAUUUAAGCACAUAUGGUGUAUUUCAGUGUCAUAUUCUGCAUGGCUUGGUGGACUGUGUUUGUGCCUGUAUGUUAGUGGCAUUUAACUUUAUUGUGAUCUGGGUUGCGAAGAUCUUUCAAAAUCCACACGGAGGCUUUAAAGACCCUUGAUCACAUGCAUAAUUGACUGAAGUAUCAUAUCCAAGUUUUUACUCUACUGUAAAAUGUUUUUUUUUUUUUGUGGUUUACAUGACUCUUUCCACCAGUAGUAGACACAUAUUUUGCCUUUGCUGCUCACGUCUUUAUUGCCCCAUUGUUUAGCUGGUCUUUUUGCCUUGCUCCAUCCAUACUGUUCCCCUAAUAAACAGCUGGGAGCUAAUAUGUUUACACAUUAUGCUCCAUUAUCCACGUCGCCUUUGUUCUACUGUUCCCAGUAAGCAGAGUUGAGAUGCAGAGACAACAGGCUUUCACUAAACUGGGUAAAAGCAGUGACUCUCUAUCCGUUGUGGAUUACCUUCAUGAAUUAAAAGCGGAAGCAUGCAUGUUUUGAGUUGAAAAAUGAAAGAAAAAAAAACUCUUACAAAUGUAGGUUUUAUACUGUAUCUAUUCAAUCUAAUGUGAUCUCGUAAAGGAGUUCAUCCACAAUUUUAAUGCAGUCAGGAUAGAUCAUGGUUCAGUGAAAGAUCUAACUGGUGUCAAAGCUGUGCCCUGUUUUAAGCUUUUGUACUCAGAAAAGACGCUGUUUGCUUGAAUUCUUCUCACUAUCUGAAUAUGUAGAGGUGAAAAAAACUGAACACUGUGAUGAAUACCUGGGGACUACCUAUAGCUUAGUUUUGGAUAAAAAAAAAAUAAAAUUCAUUUGCAGAGUUCAGAGAAAUAAUCUAAUCAUUUUUGUUUUGGAGUUUUGCAGCAGCUGGUUAAAUAAUGAGCCAAGUAAGGUGAAAGAAUAUCUUGACGACUGUUCAUAGAGUUUCACGAUACAUGUUUAUCGAGCGGGGCCUUUGGCUUGUAACGGUGCCCAACCGGAGAUAAUAUUUCUUCCUCUACAUCUGUUUUCUGACACUGCAGGACUUGUAACUCUGUAUUUGUGUGGAGAAUACCUAGCAUGCCUUUGACCUUGACAGGUCAUUGGUGCAGGGAGAGGGAGGGCUCUGGGUUUACAGGGCUGCAGCCUUGGGGUUAAUCACACAGCACACCGAAUAGGUUCUGAUGAAUUAUACAUCAAAAAGGGGCAAUUUAAAUGAAUGUUUAGGAAAAAGGAUAGGAGGAGGUGGGAGUCUCUGUUGGAAGGUAAUGACCUAUUGCUGAUUUGCAAACAUCUGUGCCAAAUAUAGGCCAGUGGUGUAAAACAGAAAGGGAGUACUUUGAGUUCUGUGUUAUCCACAGUCAGACUUGUCAGAUGUGUCUUCUAAAAAUCUUGAGAUUGAACCUGAUCUUAUCUACAGUUACUUUAACAAGGCAGCAGGAUGAAGUUUGGAUUUGCCAUCUUAAAGGGAGACUUUUUUGUGGUGAGUUUAUAUCAUCACAAAGGGAAGCAGUUGGAAAGGAACUAAUGGUGUGUGUAAAAGUUCACAGAUUUGAACUACCAAGUAAUUGAAAUUAUUUCCCAUCAUACCUUCUCUAUGUUUUAUGUUACUUAAAAUAUUUUAAAUUAGGUUGAUAAGCCUACACUAUCAUCUCAAAAGGAAUGCAAUUAGAGAUGGAAAUAAGAUUCCAAAAUACUAAAUAUAUUUAAAAAAACAAACAAAACAAAACAGAGACAUAAGCUGAGUCCAGAUAUUGUUGUGUGGCGUUGUUGCGCUUAGACUGGAAAAAAUAUUAGUGAUGCGUGGUGUCACUUUUUCCUAUCAGCUGCCAGAGGAGGGAAAAGGGCUCCAAAAAAAAAAAAAAAAAAAAUCAGCACUAUGACUAGAGAGAUGGUCUGCCGCGGGGAUUCUAUGGAAACAGACGCUGCGGAAGCUGCGAGAUUGGGGAGAUUUGACGCGCCUCUUUGCCUUUAAUUUUUUCUACUCUGGAGCGCAUGCUGGAAAUUCCUGUGAAGUACCAAAGCAACAAAUGCGUGUGCAGGAGAAGACAGACAGGGAGACGGUCAGACAGAGCCAGGACAGCGGCAUCUAAGAAGCGUCCAACCCGGUCUCCCUCCUGCUUGGCAUGCUUGUGUGGCCGAAUCGCUGCACUGUCUUCGCCCCCACAUCAGCCGUUGUUUCCACGAUCCUGAGCACCGGGCCGAGGAGAUACACCCCCGCACAAGGAGCACGCACACGCAAUUCCCCUACGUUCACACUUUCACACAGACAUGGCUUUUGUCUUAACACGCUAACCAUGACGCAUUGCUGUCAGGGCGCCAUACAGCGCCGCGGCUCCGUGUCCACCAUAGAGAGCUAAGGAGGGGAAGGAAAGGAGGAGGGAAAGUAAGAGAUUCAAUUAAUUGUUACAGGAAGAUGGCGCCCACAAAGCCCAGCAUCCAGCAGGACCCGACACGGAAAGAACGUGACCCCUACUGGGAGCGACAAUCUAAUGCAGGCAGCUGCUCAAAUGCCCGGCCCAAGACACUUCACCUGGCCGGCCAGCAGCAUACCUCCUCACCAUGGCUGCAGGCUCUACGGAAAGAGAAGUCAAGGGAUGCUGCACGGUCACGGCGGGGGAAAGAGAACUUUGAAUUCUAUGAAUUAGCCAAGAUGCUGCCGCUACCUGGUGCCAUCACCAGCCAACUGGACAAGGCCUCAAUCAUCCGGCUUACAAUCAGUUACCUGAAGAUGAGGGACUUUGCCAACCAGGGGGACCCACCAUGGAACCUUCGAAUUGAGGGACCCCCACCGAACACCUCAGUGAAAGCUAUCGGUACUCAGCGGAGGAGGAGUCCCAGUGCCAUUGCCUCUGAGAUCUUCGAACCUCAUCUGGGUAGCCACAUUUUACAGUCACUGGACGGUUUUGUAUUUGCACUAAACAAGGAAGGGCGUUUCCUCUACAUUUCUGAGACUGUUUCCAUUUACCUGGGAUUGUCACAGGUGGAGCUGACAGGAAGCAGUGUAUUUGACUACGUACACCCUGGUGAUCACGUGGAGAUGGCAGAACAGCUUGGCAUGAAGCUUCCUCCAGGGAGAGGGAUGUCUCUGUCCCAGGGAGCUGUCAGUGAAGACGGGGCAUCCUCUACUUCUUCAUCAUCACACCCCGAGACACCUGAACCAGUGGAGUCCAGCAGUCCCAGUCUUCUGUCUCCCGAUAACUCUCUGGAACGAUCUUUCUUCAUCCGGAUGAAGUCUACUCUUACAAAGAGGGGUGUGCACAUCAAGUCCUCAGGAUAUAAAGUGAUCCACAUCACAGGGCGUCUACGGAUUAGGAUGGCUCUGACGCACAGCCGCUCGGUGCCUAAUCAGAUCAUGGGAAUGGUGGUGGUAGCUCAUGCCCUCCCACCUCCCACAAUUAAUGAGGUUCGCAUUGACUGUCAAAUGUUUGUGACAAGAGUCAACAUGGACCUCAAGAUUGUCUACUGUGAGAACAGAAUCAGUGAUUAUAUGGACCUUACUCCUGUGGACAUUGUAGGGAAGAGGUGCUACCAGUUCAUUCAUGCAGAAGACGUAGAAGGGAUCAGACAGAGUCAUCUGGACUUGAUGAAUAAAGGUCAGUGUGUGACAAAGUAUUAUCGGUGGAUCCAGAAGAACUGUGGUUUCAUCUGGAUCCAGUCUAGUGCCACCAUUGCUAUUAACGCCAAGAAUUCCAGUGAGAAGAACAUAAUUUGGGUCAACUAUGUGCUCAGUAACCCUGAGUAUAAAAACACACCCAUUGACAUUGCCCAGCUGCCAAAUCUUCCAGAGAAAGCCUCGGAGUCCUCUGAAACCUCUGACUCCGAGUCUGAGUCCAAAGAGAAUUCAGAAAAUGAAAAUGCAAAGUCUGAUGCAAAGUCAGGCAACCAAGCAGAACAGAGAGACGAUCCAGAAACAGACAGCAAACGUCAGCAGCAACCUGGGCAAUCACAUUGCUCAUCUGAGGAACUGAAGAACUACAAUGAAGGAGACAGUUCCAGUAACCCUGAAAGUCAGGACAGUGAUGACAGUCUUGAGCCUUCAGAUGGAGAACAGGAGCAGGAGGUGACCCGAGGUGAGGGAGGACUUGAAAGCGGGUUGGGGAGAUUAGCUGGACUGGGAGCAUUGGAGGGACUGAAUACCAUCAGUGGACUGGGUAACUUGGGAGGGCUCCAUAUUAAGGUAGAACACUAUGGAGAAGGAGAGGAAGAACUCCACAGUUCAAAAAUUUCCUCAUCAGAGGAGGAAGAAGAGGAAGAUCAGGAUGUUAAUGAAGACAGAGAAGUAAAAACAUUUGAUGACGCUGGUACUGGCAGCAAACUCCAGAAGAGGCGAAAAAGGAGAAAAAUGCAAAAAUGGGAUGGAUCGAGAAGCAGGAGACUUUGUCUGUCCACAGCUCCACCCAACCCUGUAGCAAUGGGUGAUUCCACACUACAGGCAAAUCCCUCAGGGGCCGCCUCUGUCACUUCCACGCAGCUUCACACUUCUUCUGACUCCCCAAACAGCACAGGGGCUACAUCCUCUGUUCUUAAAAUCAAGACAGAAAUGACAGAACCAAUAAACUUUGACAAUGACAGCAGCAUCUGGAACUAUCCUCCCAACAGAGAGAUUUCCAGAAAUGAAUCUCCAUAUAGUAUGACAUCUAAACCUCCUGCUGCAGGGAGUCAGGAGACUUACCCUUCACCACAGGGUGGCUCUCUACCGGUAGCCAUUCCUGACUCUGUCCUCACUCCUCCUGGACCUGAAGGGGCAGCAGGAGGAUUGAGAAAGCUUCCUUAUAAUGGAAAUUCAACCUCAUCCUCUUCUUCCAGUGUUACAAGUUUAGCUCCUUCUUCCAACCCUUCCUCUGCUGACCCCCUUUCCCCUCCCCUUUCUACAUCCCCUCGGGACAAACAACAAGGCACUCCUACAACCUCUUCAAAUUCUUCCUCAUCCUCCUCUUCAUCCUCAAACUCUUCUUCACUGCUGUAUUCUGGUGAUCUUGAGGCACUUCAGCGUUUGCAGGCCGGUAAUGUGGUCCUCCCGCUGGUUCACCGUGUCUCAGGAACUCUGUCUUCUACCAGCACCACAGCUCCACGUGUAUACACGACUGGAACAAUAAGGUACGCCCCAGCAGAUGUCACUCUGGCCAUGGCACAAGGGAACCUCCUUCCAAAUGCUGCUAUGAACUUUGUUGAGAGCUCAGGGUUUGGUCUGGACCCUAAAACACCUAUGGAGAUGCUUUAUCACCAUGUCCACAGGCUAAACAUGUCCGCUGCAGCAGCUGCAGGCCCAUUUGUUGGAUCUCCAGCACCUACAGUUGGUAAUGGCACCUUGGGAGGCCAGAUGUCGGCUACGGCCAAUGUUUUUACCACAGCAGAGGGACUUUUCUCAACACUACCAUUCCCAGUAUACAGUAAUGGGAUCCAUACUACGCAGACAACUCUGGAAAGAAAGGAGGAUUAAUGAAAUACAUCCAAGACCGCAUUACUGUGUUUAAAGAAUCAACAACUGUGUCUAACUCAAAGACUACCCAGUAUUAAAUAGUAAGAGAGAAUUUAUCAGCAUAGGGCAGCACUGUGUUUCCUACAAGGAACUACUAAAGGACAGGAAAUGACAAACAUACUCAAGCACUUUGAGCAACUGAGCUUGUGGAAGACAUGGAUGCCCUCAUACACACAACCCUUUUCUAUAUUUUUUUUCUCUAUUAGCAAUCUCUCUUUGCUUCCAUUUAUUGUAAUCAGCAACUUUUUCUCUUAAAACAGAUGAACAAAAAAGCAACAGUUCUUUACAAUGAAGAAUUCCUUUUUGCCUACAGAGAAUUCAUGUUGCCUAAGGAUUCCAAUGGAGCCUAGAAGGGAUCAUUUUAUUGUAUCACUUAUUUGGGUUUCAUCUUCAUGAAGAUGAUAAAUGCAUACAUUUUAAGGAGGUUGGUACAGGUAUUUGUGACACACAAAAAUUAUUUGUGCCUCUCCUCCUUAUGUAUCUUGAUGUGAUCAAGGCUAAAGAUUUUUUUAACCUGAGAGGAGAGGUCAGCUGUCUCAGAGAUACUCUUUCGACAAAAGGUUUUUGGGAUUGUUUCUCUGUUGAAAGGACACUAAUCAUUGCUUUUUCCUCUAUUUCUUCCUUUUUAUGAAAUAUUAUAGCUCAGAUGUAACUUUGGAAUCAAACAUACAGAAAAUAAAAAAAAAGCUAUUUCAACCGGGUAAUGACCUGUGAACUAUCGAAUGUUACUACAAGUUUCCUCAUUUGUCUGAGGAGUUUACCUACAGGUCUCAUACCAAACAUAACCUCCACUACAUCUACCCCCAUCUCAGUUUGUUGAGCCUUCUUACCUUUAGUCUGCUUAUCUGACCUUUAACUUUCUGUCCACAUUUUUAUCUGAUAAUUCUACAGAUUUGUGGUGCUAGCAAAUGUCCCAGUUACCCAGAUUCAGCUGGCUGAUGUGGGUAUUGUAAAUUGACCCCCAGCUUGUUGAUAGAGUGAUUGUUUUUCUUUUUAUUGAGAAGGGGGCAUUUUAAAGUAUUACUAACCUUCAGGAAUAUCAGAAUACAGCAGCAUUCUUACCAUGCCUCCCUGUGAUUGAUCAGGAGACAAGGGGCAGCUGCACAUGUGAAGUUGAUCACUGGGUGUUUAGGCUGUGUUCUGUUCUUUCUAUGUGUAACUGAUAUGUUAAUCACUUUUAAUUCUCAGUGAGACUGAGCUUAAAUACAUAACAUUUCUAACUUAGAAAAUGAAUGUUGACAACCUAAACAGGAACUUUUCCUGUUCCUUGUUUCUCCGUUCUCGCUUUCUUCCUAAACCAGAAUCACCUCCACAACAUUUUCCUCAACAAUCCACUCUCUUCCAUCUCAUCACCAGAACCUUUGACUAAAAACAACAUAUCAACAAGGAGAUUGUAAUACUGACAUGCAUUUUCAAUCAAUCUGUCAAACAAUCAACGUACAAGGGGAAUAAAGUGGGAUGUUUUUGUUUAGAUGAACAUAAAAAAGAAGACUCCUCUUCUUAAACAAGUUAAGCUUUCCUUUUGCUGUAGUUGUAUUUUUUCCCCUAGUCUUCUUUGCCAAAAAAAGAAAUAAAAAAAGAAAUGCUAAGGUCCCACGCUUUGUGUUUUAAAAGCACUGUGAUUCUUGCUCAUUUGUAAUUUUCCUCAACUUUUUUGGUAAAAAGAGAAUAAAACAUACUAAGUAAUAAAUCAGACUGUAAUAAGCUAUCACAGUGUCAAUCUUUUUAAAGUUGACAGCACUGUCUUUACCAUCCUGUUAUCUUACUACCCUGUGUGAUUAAGCCGUAAAAUGUGUUACCAAUGUGUGUAGUGUCACUGGCUGUCAAAAUGUCUCUCAUGGCAACUUCUGUGUGUGUGUUGACUAUAUGCAGUAUAUACUGAGCUACUGUAGCUGUUUUUGUCCUUUGUCUUCUCUGUGCUCUAUCUCUAGUGUGGGGAAGGAGAGGAAGUGGGGUCAGAGGAAAAGAAUGUCUGCUGGAUGAAUUUAAUCCCAAUAAAUGACACCUCUAGCUCUCUGCCUCCUCCUCCUUCUCUUCUGUUUCCCUCUAUCUGCAGUCUUAGUGAAACCAGUGGAGGUUGUGGAAUUUCGUGUUUGGUGGCCUUUGCAAAAAAGAAGGAAAAAAAACCACAUAAGAAAAAAUUUGUUGAGUCCACCAUUUAAUUUUGCUGCUUCCUUUCUGUCUUUGUAAAAUUGCAUUUUUACUUUCAAAUUUUUCUCUCUCACUCAAAUGUUGCUUUUUGCUGUUGUGUAGUCCUAUUCAAACCUCUUUAUCUUGUUGUCUUUUCGCACAGAGAUGAAAAGAAUAUUUAACUAGCUCAAAGGUUUAUGGAGCCAUGUAUUUGCCUCUAAGGAAUUCUGGGACAGGUUUCCUGCUCUUACAUUGAAACAUUUAAAUAACUAUUUACACCUAAAACAUCCAAGGUUAAGAUUAAAAACGAUAAAAGCCUCGACUGUGAAACAUUUUCCCAGACUUCCUGGAGGUGUUUUCUGUUCAUUGGGUGUAUUUCAAUGGUUCACAUCAAAACGUCUUGAACUCCCAUUCAAAUUUUACUUUAGGGAUCAAACCAAUUUAGACAAGGGUUUGGAGGGAUGAGGAAAAAAAA